AAGUGUGACGUACUGCUGCUGUCAGCCUGCUACAGGUUGCCAAAUUUAAAUAUUGUGUCAGACUAAGCUAACAGUUUAUCUACAUACAAAUAGCUUCUAUUUCAACUUGUAUAGCUUUACUGUAGCCUUGCUGCUGUGGAAGACAAACGGCGGUGGAUGGGAAAACAUUGCUUUUCUUUCAGCUUGUUGAACAGCUGGUUUGAUUAAGGACUCUCGUCAGCUCUUUACCAGUAAAGGUUUAGUAGUGAUUACAAGCACUGCUACUGUUUUCCGUCACUCCACCUGAGUUCACCAUCUCUGUAACGGAACCGUCUCUUUGCUGUUAGUGUAUAGACAGGCUCCAGCUCCAUGUUAAUUAAACUACGACAGCAUCAUUUUCACUGCUGUUGUGUUAUCGGUGUUUUUGUUGAGGAAAAAUAGGGGUUGCUUGGGCUGAAUCUUGUUGUACUUUUUAAAUUCACACAUAUGCCCAUAAAUACGUUUCUGUCGCAGGUCUAUUUUAGCCGCAGAUGUGAGUGAAGCGCUCGCGCUCACCUUGUACUGGUUCCGCUCUGUGGACUGGAUGCAUAGACUGGGUGUUUUCUAUUAAGAUGCUGAAUCGUUGAGGUUGUGCUGUUGUGGUAAUCUAGUUUAGUUUUACAAUGGACACACUGUACGGUAUUUUCGCUUUUCUUUUGUUCCCAAACUUUAGACACUUUUCGUCUUUUUCUCUGACUAUUUUCCUUGUUUUCCUCCAUUGCGCCAUAAAAUCAAACCUGCUACACGUAAGGCAGCGACAGUAAUAGUCCGAGUGAAACGCAGUGAUCACUAAGCAGUACAUAGUUGUGCGGAUUAUACGAAGCAUAGAAGCAAAGAAUUUGCAUCGAGGAUUUUUUUGUAAUCCAGUUAUCCGAGUUGCUCGAUGAAUCGUUGCAGCACUACGUGGAUAUGACAAAAAAAAUCAUCACGAUAAUUUUUCCUGCAUUGAUCGACAUCGAUAAUUAUCAAUAGUAUUCAAAAUAAUAAAAAUAACCCUAUUCUGACAUACAUUUAAAUAAACAAUGUCAGGUGACGAAUAUUUAUUUUCAAACAAAUUUUACUAUUUACGUACAAAAUUCCCUUAAAAUUACAAAAGGUUAUUUAUUGAUUUUCAAAUAUUCAAAGUAAUACAUAGCUGGAAUGAACAAAACCGUAUAAUAAUGUAGCAAUGUGUAAAACAGUAUAAUACAAAUAUGUUAAAGGGCAAACUUAAAAUAAAGCAGGAAAGAACUGACUGCAACAAGUAUCUGUCUCUAUUUUUGGUCUCUUAAAAACUUUUUUAAAUUCUGAGGUAGAAAACUAUCUAAACUAAACAAAAAACAUGUAUUCAAAAAAUGCCAAAUAAGAUUAACGUAGUAUUGUUUAGGCGGGAGCGAGAGAGGCUGGAGCCACACCCUUUUCCCUUGUGAGGAUCGAUAACUCAUCUGUAUUCGGCAAGUGGGAUGUUUAUUUUUUACGCCUAAAAAGUUCUAUAAUUAGACGGGACAUUUGGCAAGUCAAAUUUUGUUUCAUAUUUGGAUUUUAGAGAUAGAAUAUUUUCACGUUUUUAAACGAUUUUGACCAAUGUUUGUUAGCGCUUGGACUCGUUAGUUGACUGCAUGAUAAGCUGCUAGGUUUGCGUUUUUAACAGACAUGAGAAUCUAAGGUACAAUGUUAAGAGACAGACUAUAAUUCAAUAAAAAAUACUUCUCACAUUACUUAUUCGGGGUUGCAAACUCUCAUGUAUCUGGCGACACUCACGCUCAUGCAAGAAAUCUUACAGAUUUCAAUACAAAUUUCGUUCCGUUGUGAACCUAGAAUUAACUACAUCAAAACUUGGGGAUAGUUUGCAAACUUUACAGAAACUGUUACCUGUAUACAUGUAAAUGCGUGUGCAGACUUAACUAGAAUUUAAAAUCUCAUGCCAGCCAACUGACCAAAGUAGGCUACCCUACUUGUUUGUGGUAUUUAGCUUGCUCCUUAGCAAUUUUCUCGUUGACAUAUCGGAAAACAGGUGUUUCAGAGCAAUUUUAGGUAAACAAGAAUUGCCACUGAACGAGUUGGUGAAUGAAUCAUAACGAAUCUUUUAGAUGACAUGUCCUAAAAUAUUCGCCCAUUACUAAUACCCACAAAGUGUCUCGACCGUGCGCGAAAUGCACCAACAUGUCAGAUAACGAUCUUUGCUUUCAGUGGGCAGCAUGGUGUGACGUAAAUUGCCAGUUUUUUUUUUUUUUUGAAGUUCUUUAGAACGUUCCGAAUUUACGUCACAAUCUCCCUAGUAACGGAGACGCUUAUAUAUGCUACAGGAUAGGAAACAAUACUCAUUUCGUUUCGGAUAGGAAGAUGGGAAUCAUGAAAUUUGCGUGUGCAACUGGAGUGGUAGCUGCUGCCGCUGGUGCAGCGUACCUCUACCGGCGGUUUAGGAAAACGCCAGUGCAGGAGGAAGUGAAUAUGGCCACCUCAUUGCGUGACGAAACUCUAAUCGUGGCUAAUGACUACAUGCAAUUUUGCAUGGGAAUCAGGAGGACACCUCCCAGCGAGUCAGCAAAAGCCAUGCGUUACCUGGCAAAGGAGGUGGAAUAUAUGUAUGGGAUCGAACUGCGCCAUCUCAUGCAGUCAUUCUUAAUCACAUGUCACUUGAACACCUGGACCAAACUAAGGAGUGUGAUGCUGGACAUGACUGAUAAUGAAGACAUGAGUUGGGGUCAGGUUGUGAUUCUCUUCGCCUUCACGGGAAUACUGGCAGUACAAAUGUCUGCCAUAGAUGAAGAUGUCUCCUGCUGCAGACGGCUAGCAGAAAUGAUAACCGAUGUUCUCUGUAAUGAAAAAGAAGAAUGGAUGAUCCAAAAUGGAGGCUGGAGGGGGUUCGUGGACUAUACUCGGAUAUUCAGUCCGAGAUAUCCAGAGUCACCUGCUCUCCUCACAGCUGCAAAGUUGGCAGUCGCCUUUCUUCUUAUCUGUUACCUGCUGAAAAGAACCUUUCCAGGCUCAGUCCCAUCUUCAUGCAUUAUAAUCAAGCAACUGCCAGGAACAUGAGUCUGCUAGACGGGACAUUCUACUAGAAAUGUGCAUUGUCUGUCCUGGAUUGUUACAGUGAAUAAAACUUAUAUUAUCCAAAAAA